AUGGACGGCGAUGUUUUUGCUAAGAAUAUCAGACAGUAUAUUUUAAGAGGUGGUGAGGAUGCUGAUAUCGAUGUUGGUGUUGAAACUGAUAUGGAUAAGGAUGUUGAUACAUUUGAGAUUACCUAA